AUGGCCGACGGAAGCGCAGAAUCAAUCCAGCAGAAGAUCUCAAUCGCCCGCAGAGAUGCCGAAGCACUCAAGGACCGCAUAAAGAAGAAGAAGGAUGAGCUCGCCGACACAACACGUAAGUUCACCCGGUACUCCCCUCAUGGCUUGUCUAACCCUCUUCUGUANGUCCGCGAUGUCGCCCGCCAACGUACAGAGGCUCUUCCCCGCCUCCAGAUGAAGACCAAGCGCACUCUCAAGGGCCAUCUCGCAAAGAUUUAUGCCAUGCACUGGUCCACUGACCGAAGGCAUCUCGUCUCGGCUUCGCAGGACGGCAAGCUUAUCAUCUGGGAUGCCUAUAGCACAAACAAGGUUCACGCCAUCCCUCUUAGAUCUUCGUGGGUCAUGACUUGUGCCUACGCUCCCAGCGGCAACUACGUCGCUUGUGGUGGUCUCGACAACAUUUGUUCCAUUUACAACCUCUCCGCCCGCGACGGUCCUACCCGUGUCGCCAGAGAGCUUUCCGGUCAUUCCGGAUACCUUUCAUGCUGUCGCUUCAUCAACGACCGCCGCAUCCUGACAUCUUCUGGUGACAUGACCUGUGUGCUCUGGGAUAUUGAGACUGGCCAGAAGCUGCAAGAAUUCGCCGACCAUCUUGGCGAUGUCAUGAGCUUGAGCGUCAACCCUCUUGAUAACAACCAAUUCGUUUCCGGUGCCUGCGACGCCUUCGCAAAGCUUUGGGACAUCAGACAGCAGAAGUGUGUCCAAACUUUCGCUGCGCACGACUCGGAUAUCAACGCUAUCCAGUUCUUCCCCAACGGAAACGCCUUCGGUACUGGUUCCGACGAUGCUUCUUGCCGUCUUUUCGAUAUUCGCGCCGACAGAGAAUUGCAGAGCUACACCGUACGUUUCCGCAGACGCAUCUUCAAGUUCGACAUGACUGACCCUGAUUCUUUANNGAUUGGCGAGCCUGUCUGCGGUAUCACAUCCGUGGCAUUCUCCGUGUCCGGUAGACUUUUGUUUGCUGGUUACGAUGACUUCGAGUGCAAGGUCUGGGACACUCUUCGUGGCGAGAGAGUUGGCACAUUGCAAGGUCACGACAACCGCGUCAGCUGCUUGGGUGUCAGCAACGAUGCUCUUUCUCUCUGCACAGGUUCUUGGGAUUCGAUGGUAAGCAUCUUGACUGCAAGACUUGCGUGA